AUGUCCGGUCGUCAGGUCGCUGAAACAAUCUCUUGGAUAUGUGGUUGGGCAUAUUUUGUCCUCUGGUCAGCAGCAGUCUAUCCACAACCAAUACUCAAUUUCCAAAGACGUUCCACUGAAGGUUUGACCUUUGACUUCCCGUUGCUGAAUGUGCUAGGCGCGGCAUGUUUUACGCUCAGCUGUGCUUUGCUGCUUUUCUCGCCUACAAUUCGAUCAGAGUAUGCCGUUCGCUACCCGGCGAGCCCUGAGCCGACAGUACGAGCCAACGACGUCUGUGUCGGUGCGAACGCGGUGAUACUGGAUAGCAUUGUAGUAUCGCAGUUUUGGCCAUCAAUCUGGAGAUGGAACUCAAAAGUGUCUCCUAAUAGGCAAGCUGGCAAGAUCACACUGGGGGUCAUAUCUGGUUGUGUGCUGGCGAUCAUUACCUGUGUGGCGGUCGUUGUUUUCGCCCCCUCCACUGGCUGGGAGUCGAUCGAUGUGGUCUACGCCCUGGUUUACGUCAAGCUGUGGACCGUCGUAUUCAAGUACACUCCACAUGCUGUUUCGAAUUUCCGACGAAAGUCAACUCUUGGCUGGUCGAUACACUACGUCCAUCUUGAUGUUGGUGGAGGUAUAUUCAGUCUUGUCCAGCUGCUCAUUGAUGCCUCGCUGCAGCCAGACUGGUCGGGCCUGACGGGAAACCCCUUGAAGCUCUGGUUGGCAGGAAUUAGCAUUACUGCUGAUGCCGUGUUCCUCAUUCAGCAUUACAUCGUGUAUGGCGCGGUUGAACCAAGAGGAUUUGCAACAGAUAGAUAUGGCCACCACGGGGAAGCUGCACCAGAGGAAGGCAUCAUGCUGACCAGUCUCGAUGCUGCUGCUGCUGAUGAUGACGACGAAGGCAGUGCAAUUGCGACGCCUGAAUCGCAGGAGGAGGAUGAAAGCAAACCCGUAUGA